AUGUGGAUCGGCACAAAUAACCAUCACGGCACGGACGAGCAGACGAUCCCUGACGUGCGGCUGACCAAGUCCCGGGACGACAGCAACGGCGUGGCCAUCUUCACGUUGGAGCAGGCGUCGGUGUUCGAGUCGUCGGCGGAGCUCUGGGACAUCACGGGCCUCUACAUGAUCGACGACGAGGGCGUGCUGCUGUCCGUGGACGUCAGCGCCAAGUUUGUCAACGGCAAGCCGGCGCGUAAAGAGGCCAAGUACGUCAUGCGCACGCCCCGGGACUGGGACCGCUUCAUGGAGCGAUACUCCCAGGCCAACGGCCUCCAGUUCGUCAAGAACUGA